GUAGCUAACAGACAGUUUGUGUAGCUAACGGUCAGUUUGUGUAGCUAACAGACAGUUUGUGUAGCUAACAGACAGUUUGUGUAGCUAACAGACAGUUUGUGUAGCUAACGGACAGUUUGUGUAGCUAACAGACAGUUUGUGUAGCUAACAGACAGUUUGUGUAGCUAACAGUUAGCACACGCACAUCAGUCACGUCUCUAUGAUGCGUUCAGGAGCUGUUGGAUUUCUGGUGAAACUCCAACCUAGACGUUAUACAGCAGUCACUAAGACGAGUUCAUGAUCUCUGUAAAGCACGUAGACUACAGAAACGUGUCAUUGCGUGUUAUUGUUGUUUAUACACGUUUUAUAUUGUGAUUAACUUUGUGUCUGUAGACGUUUGGAGCUGAAUGUAAAUGACAGUAAAACUACAUACAUUACGGUAGUUAGUUCAGUAUUUAACUAAUAAAUGCAUCUGAAAUAAAAUUACAGUGUUGACAAGUGGCGGAAUCGCGGGAGCUCGUGAACGCUGCAUUAGUGUGGCACGCGCACCGCCGGGUCCGUGAUCAUGGGAACAUAAACGGGGCUUUACGGAAAUCUCGCUCUCUACAGAACCAAACACAAGCAGAAAUGUCAGCCAGCGGCUUCACGGAUUUACGCGACAAGCUGAAGUCGAUGACGCCUCACAGGGAGAACCACAAGAUCACGAAGGUUCCCGAACACGGCGGCGUUAAGAAGCGCGUGCGCCGCGACUCCGGGGACGCGCGCGAGCUGCAGGAGGAAGAGGAGGAGGCGCGCGCAGCGGAGGUGAUCAAAGUGAAGAGUGGCAUCACGCAGGCACGUGUCUUUACCCCUGAGGAAUGCGCUCGCAUUGAGGCGAACAUCGACGACGUGGUGGCUAAAGGGGACCGCGGGCUGUACCGGGAGCACACGGUGGACCGCGCGCCGCUGCGGAACAAGUACUUCUUCGGUGAGGGUUACACGUACGGAGCGCAGCUGGAGAAGCGCGGCCCGGGGCAGGAGCGGCUCUACUCUAAAGGCGAGGUGGACGACAUCCCGUCCUGGGUGAACGAGCUGGUCAUCGAGCCCCUGGUGGCGCGGGGCAUCAUCCCGGUGGGUUUCGUGAACAGCGCCGUGAUUAACGACUACCGACCGGGCGGCUGCAUCGUGUCCCACGUGGAUCCCAUCCACAUCUUCGAGCGUCCCAUCGUGUCCGUGUCGUUCUUCAGUGACAGCGCGCUCUGCUUCGGCUGUAAGUUCCAGUUCAAACCGAUCCGCGUGUCCGAGCCGGUGCUGUGUCUCCCGGUGCGGCGCGGCAGCGUCACGUUACUCAGUGGCUACGCUGCAGACGACAUCACACACUGUAUCCGCCCUCAGGACAUCAAGCAGCGAAGAGCAGUCAUCAUCCUCAGGAAGACGAGACCGAAUGCCCCUCGUCUGGACACGACGUCUCUCAGCACUUUCUCCAGUCCCACUUCAGAGCGACGACACGUGCUGAAAGCAAAGCGCUCACACCGCAAAGCAGACCCAGAUGCUGCACACAGGCCUCGUAUAUUAGAGAUGGAUAAAGAACAGCAGAGGCGUUCGCUCCACCUCCAGCCAAGUCAUCACGGUGACGACGAUGAUGGCGGCGCCUCAGAGAACUCGUGGAGAAGAGUGGUGAACACGUCAUCACACUCGUCCCACACUGAACACACUUCAUCUCGCCGAGUGAAGAUGAGACGCCACUGAAGACCUCUGACCUUUAACUAUUGACUGUUAGACACGUGGUAAACAUCAGUGUGUAGUAUGGGACAGGCUCCGGGAGGACAGCACGGCGUAACCGCUGGUGUGUUUUAUUUAUAUGCUUUUGUAAGAAGGGGUGUGUGAGUAGUGCGAGAUUUUAGUUUUUGACCUCGUUAUCCACUUGUUACAGCAGCAUAAUAAAAACAAAACUCUGCAGUAACACAAUCAAAAAAUCUGUUUUGUUUAAAGAUUUAAAUCUGCUUUAUGCUGUUAAUUCAUUUCCGGCACCUUUAAUACAAACUUUUGGAAGCAGCGUCUCCUCAGUAUUAUCUACCUGCGAAGGAACUGUCCGUGUCUGAAGACGUCAGUCAGUUCACGAGCCGUCGUGUGCAGUGUGAUUGACAGGGAUGCGUCGAUACCGUUGUCAUUUAUGACCCAUCGCGUUCUUAAUUCUACAGCAUCAAUAGAAUUGUGUGGUAGGUCACACACUACCAUGUCGUCCUACUAAACAAGUUAUCUGAUAACUGUACGGUGUUCAAACAGAGCAACGUCAGUGAGCGCAUUAACAAGGUGACGUGAGUUGUGUGCAACAGAAACUGUGCCACUUCAUCAUCGUGAUCUACACUUUGGUCAGUUCAUGACAUUCGUUUUAAAUGAUAACAUGUACCAAAGAAACAUACAUGGUCUGGGGAAAAGGUACAGAUGCAUUACCUGGUUAGACGAGCAGUGCAGAAGAAAUGCACGGAAAUGUAUGAUCCAUACAGAUAUGUGCGAAAUAAAUCGGUUAAGUAUGAUGACAUGAGGCAGUGUUUCUAUAUCGUGCUGUUCUCAUUGCUUUAUUUUGUUUUUUUAUUUUGUAUUUUUUUUUGUCUGAAUAGAGGAAGGACUUUAUUUAGGACUCUAAAAGGUUCUGUGGGGUUUCAGAGCUCCCGCUACUGGGUGACUUUUGGCAGUAUAAUGAAAUGCCACAUGUUUAUAGGAAAGAAUUAGACACUUAUGAAUUUCAAGUCAAUAUUCUGGUAGAGCUGAAAGAUCAUUUAAGUAUUUCAUUUGUUCUGUUGUUGGAAAAAAAAAUCCCUUCAGGGUGAGCUGUAAUGUUACGCAGGACACUGAACCACGAGUUUGAGUUAAAUUGAGUUGAAUUUCUUCCUGCCUGUAAAAAAAAAAAAAAAAAUCUAUUUUGACAAUGACAUGAAAAGCUUGUCGUGUGGCUCACUUUAAUGAGAAAUGGGUAUUUUUGCAGAUGUACAGGCCUGAAACGAAAUAAACGAUUUUAAAAAAAAAAAAAUCUGAAUGGUCAGUGAUUCUGUUCUAAAGUCAUUGUGAAACUCGUUAUAAAUAAAUGUUAGGUUCGUUUUCUAUUCCGUUCUACUGCAUUGUUUUCAGCUCCAAGAUAAAUGGCAGAUGAUAUAAACGUGCUCUUCUUAUAUGCUGUUGGUUCCAUAUAAAGUGACUUAUAAGGAAGAAACAUUAAAAAAAUCAUUGUUGAUCUGUGAA